AUGCUGAAUGGACCGACGCUCCGCGACCACGACCCGAUGCGACUCGUCAACCCGCGGCACCUCCCACAACUGAUGUCCCUGGAGGACCAUGAGCCCACCCUGGUGGAGGGGACCCUGGGGCCCCGCAACGUCACACCGGCAGGGGAGGAGGGGGCCCCGGGUCCGCAGCACCAGUCCUUCCCCUGGGUGGUGACCCUGCUGGCCGGAGUCCUCAUCACCACCAUCGUGGUGGAUGUUAUCGGGAACCUGCUGGUGAUCGUGUCCGUGUUCCGGAACCGGAAACUCAGGAAAGCAGGAAACGCCUUCGUGGUGAGUCUGGCUCUUGCUGACCUGGUAGUCGCCAUCUAUCCCUACCCGCUGGUCCUGACCGCCAUCUUCCACGACGGCUGGAUCGCCGGCUACAUUCACUGUCAGAUCAGUGGCUUCCUGAUGGGCCUCAGCGUCAUUGGCUCCAUCUUCAACAUCACGGGCAUCGCCAUCAACCGCUACUGCUACAUCUGCCACAGCCUUAAGUACGACAAACUCUUCUCCAACAGCAACACCAUGUGCUACGUUGUCAUCGUCUGGGCGCUCACCAUCCUCGCCAUCGUGCCAAACUGGUUCGUGGAGUCACUGCAGUACGACCCGCGGGUGUACUCCUGCACCUUCGCCCAGUCGGUCAGCUCGUUGUACACCAUCACGGUGGUGGUGGUGCACUUCAUCCUGCCCAUCGGCAUCGUCAGCUACUGCUACCUGCGGAUCUGGAUCCUCGUGAUCCAGGUGAGGCGGAGGGUCAAGCCGGACUCGCGGCCAAAGAUUAAGCCACAUGACCUUCGCAACUUCCUCACCAUGUUUGUGGUAUUCGUGCUCUUCGCAGUCUGCUGGGCGCCGCUGAAUCUGAUCGGCCUGGCCGUGGCGCUGGACUCCAGGCUGAGCCGGGCGAUACCGGAGUGGCUGUUCACGGCCAGCUACUUCAUGGCGUACUUCAACAGCUGCCUCAACGCUGUUGUCUACGGCGUCCUAAACCACAACUUCAGGAAGGAGUACAAGAGGAUCGUCCUGAUCAUCUUCAAGUUUCACUGCUGA